AUGGUGUCACAAAUGAACUCAUUUGAUAACCAUGUGCUGCAAGAAGCAAUAAAUGAAAAAAGAUUGUUUCAAGCAGAACAACCACCAGUAGACCCUCCAGCAGCCGUGCCAGCAGCCGUGCCAGUAAACCCUCCAGCAGCCGUGCUACCAGAUCCUCCAACAGCCGUGCCAUCAGCCGCACCAGUAGACCCUCCAGCAGCCGCGCCAAUAGCCCCUCCAGUAGCCCCGCCAACAGUUCAGCCAGCACCCGCGCUAUUAGCUCUGCCAACGGUUCAGCUAGCAGUCGCGCCAGACGCUGCGCCAGCCAGUUCAGCGGUUUCAGGAGAAAGACCUGCUAAAAGAGGGCAAAAAGGAGGGCACCAUCUUGGUGGGCGGGGAGGACGCGCGGGCCGCGGUUUUAGAUAUUACAAUAUUAAGAGGAUGUUAAAGCAACAAGAGAACUUCCUUCGCGUCGGCACUGCAGAUUUGUGGUAA